CGACGCGUUGACUAUGUUCAACUCUACCAAAUGGCUAUAGAGUGUUAAUUCUGUUCAGAGCACCUGUAUAUUCAAUUACGACUGGUUUAUUUAACUGUACACGAAAUAAUUGACUCGCAGAACUUGUUUAGAUGAAUGAAUUGGUCGCUAUCUGUUUAACUUCGUCUUUAUUGACUUCUUCUUCGCAUUUGUCUUUAUAGGUUCGGAUACAUCUUCAAGAAUGACUGAGACAGAUGAAAAUGUUCAAUCGCGAACGACAUUUGCUUCUUUUUGUUCAUGUUUGGACGCGUAUUCUCUCCCGCCGAAGGCACAGUUAAAAUCCAUUAAAGAGUUGUAUGAGUAUGUCAAGACGGUCGGUUUAUCUAAUGCAGAGAUCGGUCUGCUUCUUUCUGUGGUUCUAGGACAAAAAGAAUCGCCUUUUUCCCAAGGCAAUCGUGUAAAACUUAUUCACUGUUUGCUUCCAACCGAGCCUGUUAGCGAGGAUAUACAAUUACGUAUCGUGUCUGCUCUCGAUCCCACAGGAAGACGUGUUCCUUGGACCAUACAAACAGAAUUACUUCGAUGGAUGAUGCAUGUUUUCCAUGUGUGCAGCAGCACAAAUGUGCUCUCCCGCAAUUACGGCAUACUCUUUCAUUUUCUUGAGUUUCAGACUUUUCGCCCAUACGUUUGUCCACUUCUUGUUUGGCUUACUCGACGAAAAAAUGUUCGUACUUUUCGUAUUCAUCACUUACUGGCUUUAUACAAUCGCCCGGGAAACUAUGGUGAUCCAUAUCUUUUGGAACUUAUUAUCACAUUCAAAAAACACUACCCAGACGUAAUUGUGGGAACAUAUGAACAUACCAAAGCGUUUUCAUUUCAAUGGGAUGAAACAUGGCUUGCGCGUUUACAAGACAUUCUUCAAAAUGCUGCCCCUUUGAAACACGCUUUAAAACGUCUACGUGCGGAUUCUAUCUUUCCUCCGCUUCAAACGCUACAAGUUAAACCAAACGAAUCAUCCUUGGAGGAAAACCACACAGCAAAGGAACUAUCAAAUUGUAUAGAGCGCUUGAAGUUCCCAUCACACAUAGCAAGUAUUAUUGCUGCACCCCCGCUUUCUCAGUUAGCUUUUCUCAUCAUCAGUCAGUCAUUGCCAGAAUUGUCUGCUAGACUGGAUUUCUGGGUUGCUGGUGCUUUACAUCAAGCAAUACGCGAUGGUCUGCAUUUAUCAUACUCUUUUCAUCAAUUGUCUCUUUUCCUAUCUAUCUCCAAACAGACAAUGCCAAGAACCAUCCGGUUGUUAGUUGAUGCGCUUCACCAGGCUUCGCUAUCAAAAGAGUGUGUGAAGGGCAUAUACUCUGUGUUGUCAAGCAUAAAUGCAGAGUCGAUUCUUCAAUAUGGCGACGAAAUUCUUACUUUACUAUUUAAGUCUUUUCUGGAUAAUGAUCAUGAUCCUUCGUGGAUACAUGAGACCGAAGACCUAUUUUUUCAGUGGCUUUUCACACUUCAAAGUUCAUCUCAAAAAGAACUGGGAAAAACAAUUAUUUCACGUAUGCUUGAUGGAUGGCUUGAAACAGUCAAUCGACAAAUUAAGAAUGACACACUGUUAUACACAUGUCUCCGCUUGUUUGCCUCUAUUUCGGCUAUUGAGUACUUUGCUGACAUUGUUCUAACAACCCCGUUCGCCGACUUUGUGUCCCGAGCAACUUUUUCACCAUUUCCUCCGUGCCGUGAGGCCAUCUCAGAAUAUUUACUUCAUUAUCCGGGCAAUGAUCGCUUAGCUUGCAAUGUGCAAAAUGCGUUUCUUGGAAAGGCUUCCAAAAAAGGAGUAUUACUAUUACUUCGAAACGAGCAAUUGAACCUAGAUUCCCUCUUCAGCAACAUUUUUAACAAGCAUGACCAAGGCUCUUCACCAUCUUUUAUUAAGCAGCUCCCGUUUUCGAAUCUAGGUUCUGUUUUCAGUAUCCAAUUACUUGCGCAUACAUUUCGUUGUUUUACAGAUGUUGAACGGACGAAGUUGAUUACAUUGUCCAAAUUUCUCGAUUACGAACUGCGUACAAAAUCAAACGAGAAGAGUCGUUUUAUAUCAUCUACGGAACAAACAUUUUCUGAAAACUUCAACAAACAGCUUCCAUCUUUUCUUCAUUCACAAGGAUUUGUUUACUUUACGCGUUUUGUUUACGCGCAUCAAAACACCACCACCAGAGAGUCUGAGUUGCCUUAACAACGCCGCUGAAAUUCUCGUCUUGGCAUCAAAACUAAGUGGCCGAGAAAAAACUC